AUGCGCGCAGCUACCGCGCCCGUUUUCCUCUCUGCGCUGGGAUCGUCGCUCGACAAGUCGGCCGUCCAGGUUAUUGUUGUCCCCAAGAGCUACCUCGACAUGAAGCCGCCGUGUCCGUUUGCGUGUACCGUGUCGCUGACGGUCACGAUCGACAAUGGCACAGGGGUCAUUGCCGUGUGCAACAUGACAGACGUAACGACGACGCAGCUCUGGAUCGGUAUCUACAUCACCGAAGGCGUCCUUGCCGUGGUUGGUGCCAUCGUCCUCGUGCUUCGGGUCACUCGGUCGUUUUGCUUUGCGCUGACAAACACCCGAGCCCACGACGGUGUCGAGCUCGAGCUUUGCCCGGCGCCGCUUUCGGACGAUGAGAUCCGCCGGCUUCUGCCGUUGGAGCCCUACCGCCUGCGUACGCCGCUGACGUUGUAUCCCCGAUCGAUUCUGGGGCGAGGCGCGACCUCCGACGUCGUUCUUGGAGUGUACCAGUCGCAGUACGUGGCCGUGAAGCAGAUUCGUCGCGACCUUGUCUCGCCCGAGAUGGUCUGCGCCUUUGUCGACGAGAUCCGCCUCAUGGCUCGGUUUUCGUGCCCGCACCUCGUCAGCUUUGUCGGCGUCCAGUGGUCGACGUUCCUGCAUCUGCAGUGCGUCGUCGAACACAUGGUCCACGGUGAUCUGCGCUCGUACUUGGAAACGCACCGUCUGCUGUCGAUGCACUCGAAAUGGCGCAUGGCCCACGCGGUGGCGCAAGCGCUCGUGUACCUCCAUGAGCAUUGUGUCGUGCACCGGGAUUUGAAGUCGAGAAAUGUGCUCCUCGGCGAAAACCUGCAGGCCAAGGUCGCCGACUUUGGUGUCGCGCGUCGCGUGGACGACGACGUCAUGACAAGCGCAGUCGGAACGUUCCGCUGGACGGCGCCCGAGGUGCUCCAAGGCGCUCGCUACGACACGAAAGCCGACAUGUACUCGCUUGGCAUGGUGCUCACGGAGCUCGACUCGCACAACGUUCCGUAUGCAGAUGUUCGCAAUGGCCGAGGCCAAGCCAUGGGCAGCUUCACUCUUCUCUACCACGUGAUGCGAGGCGAGAUGCAACCGUCGUUCUCUGCCUCGUGCCCCGAGUGGCUGCGGGACUUGGCCUUGCGCUGCGUGGCGGUCGACCCGGACACGCGCCCUACAGCGCGCGAGGUCGUCCAGGCUCUCGAAGACGCCAAUGUCUUCACCAUUUUGGACGACGACCACUCGGACACAUCCAGCGAGAGCUCAGUCACGCACUAA